CUUCCAUUGGUAACAGUAACGCCCAGUCCCGGUUUUGCAGGCGCCGCGCCGUCCUCCUUUUCCUCUUCCCUUUCUCUCUCUCUCUAUCUCUCUCUUUCUCUUCUCCGGCGAAUUCAAUUUCACAACAUGUUGGAUUGUUCGCCAACUGUUCUCCCGGAAUGGCUAUCGGCGCUGUUGUCGGAGAAGUUCUUCAACGCCUGCAUAGCUCACGAGGACGCCCGGAAGAACGAAAAGAACAUUUUUUGCUUGGAUUGCUGCGAGGCCAUUUGCCCCCACUGCAUAACCCCUCACUCUCCUCACCGCCUCUUGCAGAUAAGGAGGUAUGUGUACCAUGAUGUUAUCAAGCUGAGUGAUGCUGAGAAGUUGCUGGACUGUGGUUUUGUUCAAUCUUACACUAAUAACAGUGCCAAAGUUGUGUUCUUGAACCAACGGCCAUUGUCGAGACCUUGCAGAGGGUCUGGGAACACAUGUCUGUUAUGUGACAGAAUGCUUCAACACCCAUAUUUAUUCUGCUCUAUCUACUGCAAGCUUCAGCAUCUUCUGAGAACUAAGUGCCAACUUUCUCAGUAUAUCCACAAAUGCGACUCUCUAACGCUGCAUGAAUUGGGUCUAGAGGACGGUCUGAUGACCCCCGACACGGUACUUGAACCGGUCGGUUCGGUCAGGACCGAUUCCGGCGGCAGCGGAAGCGCCGGCGCCGCCGUGGACUGCCGGGUACUUUGCAGCACUGCCACCACGGAGGUUGUGAGGAAGAAACGGAGUACCCAUUUCCGGUCCGAGCUUCGACCGGGUUGUGGUCCGGUUUGCGAGAUUUCGGUUUCCAUGAUGAACCGGAGGAAGGGUACCCCUCACCGGUCUCCGUUGUAUUGAUUUGUGUACGGAAGUGGAGUGGGCAGAAAAUGACGGAAUGGAGGGGAUGAAGGAUGGAUUAUACUGUUGGGAUAGAGGGGCAAAAUUGGAAAAUUGAAAAAAUUGUUUUUUGGUAAUCCCCAAUUUUUGUAGAAUUGCUGUAAUUCUGUCCUCUUUUUUACAGAGAUUUCCAUCAUCUAAUGGACUAUAAUACCCUAAUGAUUACUUACUAUUUA